AUGACUAAAGUGAAAUGUUUAAGGGGAGAAUCGGGUGAUUCAGUGCUCGAAUGGUCUUGUAAAGGAGAGGAUGAGGAGUUCAACAUUUGUGGACGCUGUCAGUCGUGUGUCCUCUCUGAGAAACUGCACCACUCCACCCAAUGGAUGAAAAAGGCUGGAGGAGCAUCCCAGAGGAGGUUUCUCACUGGCAUCCUGGUGCGGUGCCACAAUCUUCAAAUCCUGGAGAAUCUUCAGAGUGUUUUACAAGUCACAUCAGGCAAGGAUUUCACAUAUGCCAGGUCCAGAGGCCAGCUCAGCCGACCCGAGGACUCUAUAUGUACAAUGUAUGGAGCACUGGACACAAAACUGAAAGGAAUGGACAUGUUGGAAACUUGGGAAUGGUUUAGGAAGAGCCCAGACUGGAUCAAGUCCAAGUAUGUGCUGGGGCUCUUGUCUUUAUGUGACACCUCUCUUUUGCACAUGUUAGGAAAUCUGGUGCAUAUCCUGAUUGUUUGGGAGAAACACACAUUUCUAAAAUUCGGCAGUCCUGGGCUUUUGGAUAAGGUCUCACUGUACAGCUGCAGGCGUGUGUCCAUGCACUGGCAAUGGCUAACGGAGGAGGUCUUAACCGAGUUGGAAGUAAAGAAGAGUGUUGAGAAACAGGCCAUGACUCUGCAGGGUAACUCAGCGUCUAAGGUCAACCCUGUUUAUGCAAAGAUCUGUGAAGUUGUAGUGCCAAUCAGUGAGGAGGACAAGCAUGUCCCCAAACAUAAGCUGUUACAAGAGCAGGAUUUGGAUUCUAUCUACAAAGGCUUUAAAACCAAGACAGUCCAAUUGGAAGAACGCAACGUGUACUGUGGAGUGUAUAACAUAUCAGUCCUGUUGGAAAGAGAAGAUCCCAGUAGAGUGAUGCAUUAUGCUGGGGGGCAGUUAGUGGCGGUUGGCUCCAAGGACCGUAUAAUCAGGUUGCUGCAUGUCCCAUCACUAAAAGAGAUUCCUCCAGUGAUCCAAGGACAUGCAGGUAGUAUAAGAGCAGUGCUGGUUUGUGAAGAGAGAGACCUAGUUAUCAGCGCCAGCUAUGACCUCAGUAUCAGGUGCUGGAAUCUGAAGACAGGUGUAUGUAUGAUCAUUUUUCAUGGACAUUUUGGGACUAUAAACUGCCUGGAUUUGUAUGACGAUAGACUGGUGUCUGGAGCCAAAGACUGUAGAGUUAAAGUGUGGAACCUACUGACGGGGAAAUGCAUCGAGAAUCUGAAGUUUAAACACCUUAAACCAAUCAUGUGUGUGAAGAUUAAUGAAACACUGGUGAUCAGCAGCUGUGCUGGAGGUCAGAUCAGAAUAUGGAGCAUGGAGACAGCAUCACUUAUAAGGCAAAUCAGUGGCCACCAGGGGGCAGUGCUGUGUCUGUGCAUCAAUCAGUGGCAUAUCCUCUCUGGUGGUUCAGAUGGGGUGGUCAAGGCAUGGAGCACCAACUCUAGCUUCAAGAAGUGCCUGAGGAUCUUCCAGCAUCCGAAAGAGGUGUUGACCAUGUCUUUCCUGUUCCUGCGGAUCAUUACUGGCUGCAUGGACGGAAAGAUCCGGAUCUUUAACUUCUUAACUGGAGACUGCUUGAGAGUUAUUAAGACAAACAUGAAGCAAUGCCCUGUCCUUUCUCUGCACACGCACCACAACACUGUGGUUGUAAACAACAGAAGCAGUGUUCUGAUGCUUCAGUUUGCGGACGUUCACUGGGACUACUCUGCCAGUGCUGUGAGGAAUUUUUUUGAGCAGUCCCACGUCUCCCCUGAGAAUGUGCUUCGGAGUGCUGAACGGAUGACUCGUGGGAGCUCAUCUAGACAAAAAAGUCGUUCCCACCAUUUUAAGAGCCUCUCAACCCCCAGUAUGCAGCGUGCACAAGCUUUAGAUGCUCAGCAGGAGUCCACAAAGACACUCCAGGCUUGUCGUCACAGCAGGGCUUCCAUCAGCCCACAGUCUGAGUCCCACGCCAGGCCUCGAUCUGUUCUUUCAGCAGGUAGGCCUGUCAGUGGAUACAAGGACUUUCAAAACAGAGUCAGCCAGACACAAAGCACUUCCACCAGCAGCUUGGAUAAGAAGACUUUUGACACCAAACGUUCAGUACUCAGCCAGAGUGAGAAGGCAGCCAGAGACAGGGUGAGAAAGCGAGGUCCUCACCACCCAAUGGCCCAAGACCUAAUUCUACUAAGGACCAGCAGCACCCAGCAGGGCCGGUACAGUGACCUGGCAAGGUCCAACAUGGAGCUGAAUGCCAGAGUACGAGAUGCCUGGGGACCUGAUUCCUCCAAAGAGCCAUCAUUUCAAACCACCACCAAAAAAACCUCCGAAAUCCAUACCUCAUUCACUACCCAUAGCGUUGACCUCAGCCCUCAGAGCUCCUCACAGUCCAGACAGACCUGCUUCACACCCCACUCCCUUCCCAAACAAUCCCAGAGAUCAUUCAAAGUAGUUAGGCCUAGAACAAACAAGACUGGUCCACUGAAUACGACUUCCCCUGAAGAUGGCAAGACACCACAACGAUUGUUUAUGAGGCGAACCUCCAUGCCCACACAUUGCAAUGAAGAUUUUGAAAUGACCAACAAGUCCAGUUCAUAUCACGUCCCACUAAACCCCUUCAGGGAGCAUGGAGACUUUCAGCUGAGGACAGACACUCAACUGGAGGCUUACAUUCAGGAGUGUACCAGACAGCAGCAGAUUCACAAAUAUGGCAGUGGUGAUGACCAAGGUAAAACUAUUUGGAAGCGCAGUCAUUGUCAGCAGUAAGGUACUAAAAUCUAAAGGCAUGACACUUUUGUCAUAGCUAACCAACCAUAACUGAUUUCUCAGUUUAAAAUUGUUUUUAAACUCUAUAGAGGUAACAUAUAUAAUAACGUAAUACAAUAUUUAAAAUGUUAUGUUGCAUUUGGUAACUUCGGUUGCAUUUGGUUGAAAAUGUAGUUUAAGAGGGUAACUCGGUUUAGAACAUACAGUGGCAACUGGUCCAAGCUGAUCAUUAGCUAGACCAUUUGGGACCAGCAACAAACCAUCUUCCAGGUGGUUAAGCUGGUUUUUGAAACAUGGUGGUUGUUCUACUAAUAACCAGGUAGAAACCAUGUUCCAAAACACAGCUAAAUUGAUGGAUGUAGCAUUAUAUCUAUGCAAUUUGAGCUUAUUAGUGCCAUGUCUUUCUUUUGUGGCUUUUUUUGUAUGCUUGAACAUGUUUGCUAG